AUCCCCUUCAUUCCUCCUCGUUAUCAACCGUCCUCCCCACCUCCCCUCCCUCAUUUCCAAUCGAAUCUCCAUCUCCUUCCCCACCCCCUCGCCGUCUCCUCCAUGGACGCGGCUGAACUCAAACGCGUCUUCCAACUAUUCGACCGCAACGGCGAUGGCCGAAUCACCAAAAAAGAACUCAGCGACUCUCUCCACAACCUCAGGAUCCACAUCCCGGACGACGAGCUCCAGUCCAUGAUCGACAAUAUCGAUGUCAAUGGCGACGGUUGCAUUGAUAUCGACGAGUUCGGGGUGCUCUAUCAGAACAUAAUGGACGAGCAACGCGGCGACGAA